AUGUUUUUUUGCUGCGGCGAGGACGCGAGUGCGGUGCUUCCUGAAAUAAAGGACUCCAAGCGGUAUCGGGUGUUUUUGUUCGGGUAUUUGUGUUGGGAGGGCGUCUCGUCAAGCAAGGGUGUACGAGGGGUUUAUAUGCUCGACUGUGGGGUAAGUGAUUUAUGCAGGCUCCUCCCGGCGAUGACGAUCUCGGAUAUGAUGCAAUACCAUCUUCAGAUGGUCGAACAUCAGAGACUGCAAAUAAUGCGAAUGAGCGAGGAGAGGACGCAUGACUGA